CUGAAAAUGAUGAUCUUUUCAGAAGAGAAUCCGGGUUGUGAAUAGUUUGGAUACCACGUCCACACAACCAACCCCAGACACCGUGAGAACCUCUAAUUUGUACAAGGUCUUCCCACCUAGUUCCAGUUUUACAAGUAGUUGAAUUUUCCGGAGACAAAAACCAGACCAAAGUUUCACCCGUCUUCCACUAAGGUUUGAAGAAUAUGGGAACAGCUUUAUUUACUAGUUGUAGCUUUUCUUGGAGAUACCAGCAGCAGAUAAUUCCUUCUAAUCAUUUGCUUGCUCAGUCUUCACUGGAAAGUGGGAUUUCUAGAGCAAAAGUUACUGCCGAUUCAGGAGAGAAUGGAUUGGUUGGUGGAGAGAUUGAGAAAUGCUCUGGGUUGAUGAAGAGAAGAUCAGUUCUGGUUUCUGGGGUUUCUUUAAUCUCGUCAGCAGUUUUGGGUUCUCCUAGAGAGGGGUUGGCUGUGGUCAAACAAGGUCUUCUAGCUGGGAGGAUACCUGGUCUGUCUGAACCAGAUGAACAAGGUUGGAGGACAUACCGCAGGCCAGAUGAGAAGUCUGGAGGGCAUGGUGUUGGAUGGAGUCCUAUCAUCCCCUACGCAUUUUCUGUCCCUCAGGACUGGCAAGAGGUUCCAGUAUCAAUAGCAGAUCUAGGUGGCACAGAAAUUGAUUUGAGAUUCGGUAGCUCUAAGGAAGGACGCCUAUUUGUAAUUGUUGCACCGGUUCUUAGAUUUGCAGAUGAUCUUGGUGAUCAAGCUACAAUUGAACGAAUUGGACCUCCAGAAAAAGUGAUUAAUGCAUUUGGACCAGAAGUGAUUGGAGAAAAUGUAGAAGGGAAGGUUAUAAGUAUGAAUGUAGCAGAACACUCGGGGAGAACAUAUUACCAGUAUGAAUUAGAGCCACCUCAUGCUCUUAUCACAGCAACUGCAGCUGGAAAUCGCCUCUACUUGUUUAAUGUAACUGCAAGUGGUCUUCAGUGGAAAAGGCACUACAACGAUCUGAAAAGGAUAGCCGAGUCCUUUCGUGUUGUAUAAUUGAAAUAUUUCAUGAGAUGAGAUGGCAUAAAACCAUUGUUCAAGUUUCUGCAGUGUAGUUUACAACAAUAUAGGAAAAAGAAAAAGUUCAAAAUCAACAAAGAGCUAAGUGUUUUGACGGAAA